UUGACGUUUGUGAAGUUUUUUAAUGUGAAUAAUGUGAUUGUGUUGUUCGUUAUGGCCUAUAAAUACCGUGAAGAUUUAGUUGGCAAACGAUUUCUCUCUGUGAGUGGUGUGACAAAAAUUAACGUGAAUAAAGUUUCCGAAUGGGGAUGGAAAGCUGGUGUUAUCAGGGCAGCAUCGCUCAAAGAUAACAAGAAUAAGGAGCUGCAGGUGUUAGUGGAAUAUGAUGGUGUGGACUGGCAACGCCGCGAGUGGGUAGCAGUGUAUUCCCGUAGGACGUUUCGUAUUUUUUUAGUAGAAAGAACUUUAGUGUGGGCACCAAGAACUUAUGAGGGCAAAGAAGUUAAAUGGCCUGCUUUGACGUUUACGCCGCUGGCAGCUGACGUGACGCUGCAGGCGGACGCGCAACCGGUCGAGUUCCUUCACGACCAGCACCUUCAGUUUCUCGACUACGCCAGUUUGCAACCCUAUCAGGAAUGGGACGGGCGUUUAGGGGGUGCAGAAGCUGGGAUCGAUCCAGCUACGCUAUCAGCUUUAUCCACUGAGGCAUCUGAAUGGCGAACUACACAGGAUGGGCAGCGGAUUCUGACCACAACCCCCUCAGUACUGGGGGGAUGCCGUGCUCAAGUGUACAGGGCAGCCGGAGCCACGCAGUGGUACACCGCUGUUAUCGUCGGUGUCAACGAACAUACUGGCGAGCUGACAGUGACCGAUGACACUGUUUUGGAAGAGCACAGUGAAGAUCCAUCACUGGUGCAGAUGAGACUCCUCGGUGAUGGAGUAAUCGAAUCCAUCAUGAGAGGAGAAGUGGUUGGAGUUAUGCCGAGAAGGUCGCGGUCCAAUCUUCAAAGGGUAGAGCGUGAGAGUACGAAGAGUCCAGCAACGACAGGAGGAAGAAAGAAAUCAGCUGUGAAGAGCAACGGACAGAUCGCACUGAGCGAACCACCACCACAACCCACAGGUUCAUCGCCCGAACGCGAAGCCACCGAGAUUAACAAAAAAGGUACUCAGGAUAGUGUGAGUGCGAGUGGUGAUGUCGCCGAGUCCAGUGAACAAAACAAGUGCGUAAAGCCGGAGGAAGUGAGCCAACCGGAGUGCCCAGUGGGUGUAAGUGAAGGUGAAGUGAAGAGUGAAGUGAGUGCGGGCGCGGAUGGUGUGGCCAGCGCCGUGGCCUCCGAGGAGGACGACUGUGUGAUAGUGUGUGCGCGCGAUGCGGACGAGAGGUCCGACUCCGGCGUGAGCGGAGUGCGCUCCGGGGGCUCCGCCAGCUCGGUGGAGGAGCGCGAGUGGCGCGGCAUGGCGCACGGCUACGGCGGAGGCCCGCCGCCACCCUUGCUACAUCUCCCGCCGCCGCCACCCUCCAUCUACGCUAGCGACCUGCUCUGGAAGCAGCGCUACCCUCCGCCCCUGCAUCCGCCGCUGCACCAUGCCAUCGCCGACGACUAUCUGGCCGCGGCGGCCACCUUCGACAGAGAGAGACAUGAAAGACUGCUACGAGAACGAAGGGAUCAGGAGCAACGGGAGAGGGAAAUGUUGGAUAAGCAACAGAAAGAGAAAGAGAGGGAAAGAGAUCGGAUAGAGCGCGAGAGAGAAAGAGAAAAACAGGAGAGGGAGGAGAAGGAAAGGCGGGAACAGGAGAAUGCAGCGUCCAAACUAGUGUCCAGGCAUUUCGAGGAAUCUCUCAGGCUGGCCAACCAAAAGCGGGAGCGAAACAUGUCGUGGUCGCUGUUGAACAGCCUGGCGCCGCGCGGUGGCGGCGCGGGCGUCGAGCACGAGCGGUUGCGCGCGCCGCCGCCCGACCGCGCCUACUACUCGCCGCCGGGCCACGGCGCGCCGCGCGCCGCCGCGCCCGCCGGCUCGCCCGGCGACUACCACUCGCCGCACACGCCGCACGCCCGCCAGGCGCACCCCAAGCCCGACAAGCCGCACCACCCCGCGCACCCUAGCCACCCUAGCCACCCUAGCCACCCGUCGCAUCCUGGCCAUCCGGCCCACCCCGCGCAUCCGCAGCUGCCCAAAGGCGAACCCAACUUCGCGUCCUACAACUACCCCGCGUACCGCACGGCGUAUGACAAGAUGAAAGACCCUCACCUGCCAGCGCCCCCGCCGCUCGUCCCGGAAAAGAACUCUGUGAUAGUGAAACACGACGCCAAACAAAUCCACCUGGAACAGAAGCAUCCGUACCCGAGCAAGUCGCGCGGCGAGCCGGCAACGCACUACCUCCCGGGGCUGCAGCACGCACAGCAUGCGCAACACGGACAGCACGCGCAACACGGACAACACGCGCAGCACGGCCGGCCGCACCGCACCGCGCUGUCGCCGCAUGCCCCGCACCACGCACUACAAACGCAGCACGCGCCGCAGCAGGACAAAGGUCGGCGCCUUUACCAGCAGCCGCCCACGCAGCCGCAGCGCUCGCCCGCUUCCUACUACCAGUCGCCGCCCUUGAAACCGAAAGUAUCCAGUCCAGCGCCGCCGCAUAUCUACGGCAAGCCCGGCAACUCUCCCAGUCCAGUGCACUACACGGUGGCGGUAGAACCGCCACUGCAGCUGAAGGCUGAACCGCCGCCUUUGCCCUACCCGCCACCGUCGCCCUUCGCCGCCACGGGUCGUUCCGCACGGCCUCCACCCGCGGCGCACUGUCGCACUCCGGAACCGCGUCCGCCGCCGCGCGCACACGGCGAUGCGACGACGUCACCCGCGUCGUCCCCGUGCCAGACGCAACCUUUAGAUCUGGGCGUCGCGCGAGACGACCCCGACCGCCUGUCCCCCCGCCGCCGUUGCCCCUUCGAGCCUGCGGACUCGGAAGCGAAGCGACGACGGCUCGAGGAGCAGACGGCGCCGGAGCCCCUUAUCGCGGCCGCCGCUAGUGUAGGCCGGACGCCACACGGUUCAGAGCCGGCCCCGCAGGCGCCGGGCCCGCCCUGCGACGUGCGUGUGCCGUCGGCAGACGGCAGCGUCGAGACGCCGGAGAAGGCGGCUGGUGCGUCGCCUGCACCCACAGUCACGCCGUCCGCUUCACCGGCGCCGGCCACGCCGGUUCCGCCUUUAGUGUCGUCUCCGCCUGCCAUUGCGCCUCCGACUACAUCCACUCCGCCCGCACCUCCUGCUACGCCGCCAGUCACCCCACUAGCAGAUAGCGACACCCCCGUGAAGACUGCGUCCCCCAACCCGCGAGACGGCUCGGCGCCCGUCCGCCACCUCGGAAAGAAAGCCUGGUUACAGCGGCACGAGACUGCGCCAAUCGGUGAAGGCGACUGCUCCGGUGGGGGCGGCACCUGCAUCACGCUGCCCAUGACAAUAACGCGCGUGUCAGAGCCUGACGACUCGAGCUCCAACAUCGUUGUCCCAGUUGCGACAAAGUCAAUUCAGCGCGGCGCACGGAAAACUUCCAAGCCGAGGAAGCCAAAGGAGAUGAACGGGCGAGUCGAUGACGCCGAAGAAGAUAGCUCCAGCUCCGACCACGAGACGAGCUCGCAGCCGAAAAGAAAACCGCCUAAAGCCAAACGGAAAAAGGCGAACACGAGAAAGGCCGGUGACGAGCCCAAGAAGAAGAAAGCCUCCGAAAGUGGGAGCGAAAGCGACAAGGAGAGCGACGACAAGGACUCCGACUCCGGUGGCAGCGGGAGUGGCAGCGGCAGCACUUCCAGCAAGCGCGGCGGCGCUGGGCGCAGGGGCAGGCGUUCUAGGGGCGGCGGAGGGAGAGGCGGCAGGCGGCGCGACGACAUGCCGCGGCGCACGCCCUCCAGUAGCCGCGUUAAGGCGGCGGGCGAGUCCUUCCUCCAGAACGGGCCCUGCUUCGAAGUAGCGCCGCGGCUCGCCAAGUGCCGCGAGUGCCGCUGGUCGCCUGCGCAGCGCGACAAGGAUAUGCCCAACAUCUUUUGCCGCUUCUACGCUUUCCGAAGACUGAAAUACGCCAAGAAUAGGCAACUAGCUAUAGCCGGAUUUUCGGAUCCCUAUAAGGAUGCUGAGGAGGAUGAUAAAAAGCUGUGGCUGUCGUCAUCGGCAGGCGCCGCGGAGUUGGACAUCGAGAUGAGUUGCUUUCUUCUGCGCGAGAUUGGAGACCAGUUCUGUGAACUACUCCUGCAGGAGAAGGAAGCUGCAUCACACCAUCUUAAUGACGACAAAACGGUGGCAUGGAAACGCGUGGUGCAGGGCGUGCGGGAGAUAUGCGACGUGUGUGAAACCACGCUGUUUAAUUUCCACUGGACCUGCGGCAAGUGCGGCUUCGUCGUCUGCCUCGACUGCUACAAGUCACGGACAUCGGGAGAGUCUGCCAAUGCUAGUAGCGAAACAAACAACACCUCUAACGCCAGCAGUAACGGCGAAAGAGAUUCCUUUGGCUGGCUGACGUGCACGUCUGGCGGCGCGCACCCUCUGCGCCGGCUGCUGCUGACGCAGAUCGCGGCGGGCGGCGCGCUGGCGGCCGCGGCGGCGCGCGUGCACGCGGCUCGCGCGAUCUGGGCGCUGCCCGCCUGCGCCUGCGGCUCUGCGCCCACAGUCGAUCACCAAAGCAAACUUACUGCUAAGAAGCUGUUGCAGCAGGCUUUACAAAAGAAUAUCAAAAAGGAGGAUGUGAAAGAAGAAAACGUAUCCACAAACGGCUCUUCCCCAGUUAAGUCCGAAAAUGGCAAGACAGGCAGCUCGGUAGUUAGUUGGCUCUCAGAUCUACCCGUGAAGUCUGAAACCAAGGAGGAAAAAUCAGAAUCUAGUUCCUCGGACUCCGAAGAGAGCGGCAACUUCUCCACACUGCGAGAAUUGCUUAUUCGGCCGGCACCCGAAGGCGGUGAAACCCAGCCGAAGAAAAAGCAGAAGAAAAGUAAAGGUGAUAUCCUUGAUGACGUGAUCUCGAGUGUUGUGGACGAGAAGAAAGAUGAGGAAGGCGAAGCGAAGCCGUUCGCGCUGUCGAACGUGGUGAAACGCUACGAGCGAUCGCGCGGCCGCGAGGAGCUGCCCGUGCGUAUAAUGACGCUCACCGAGUCCAAGCUGCUGUAUCCCGAUGUGCCGCACGCCUGGCUCUGCGACGGCAAGCUCUUGCACCUCACUGAUCCACAACACCCCAAUAACUACAAACCCUUCCAGGACCAGUGGAAACGCGGCCAACCCGUUCUAGUCUCAGACAUGUCGAACCUUCUCGACAAGGACCUGUGGUCGCCGGAGAGCUUCUCCCGCGACUUUGGCGACACGAAGGUCGACUUAGUCAACUGCGCGUCCGGCCUCGUGGUGCCCAAUCAGCCCGCCCGGAAGUUCUGGGACGGCUUCGAGCUGGCGUCGAAGCGGCUGCGCGACGAGCGCGGCGCGCCCAUGGUGCUCAAGCUGAAGGACUGGCCGCCGGGCGACGACUUCGCCGAGCUGCUGCCGGCGCGGUUCGAGGACCUGAUGCGCGUGCUGCCGCUGGGCGAGUACACGUCGCGCGCCGGCAAGCUCAACCUGGCCGCGCGCCUGCCCGAGUGCUUCGUGCACCCCGACCUGGGGCCCAAGAUGUACACGGCGUACGGCGGCGCCGGCGGCACCACCAACCUGCAUCUGGACGUGAGCGACGCCGUCAACGUGAUGGUGUACGCGUCGGCGCCCGGCGACGCGCCCGAGCGCGCGCGCGAGGCGGCCCGCGCCGCGGAGGAGGCGGGCGUGGACGUGCUGUCGCGGCGGCGCGCGCGCCUGCGCCCCGCCGGCGCGCUGUGGCACAUCUACGCGGCGCGCGACGCCGACAAGAUCCGCGACUUCCUGGUGCGCGCCGAGCUGGAGCGCGGCGCGCGCCCGCGCCCGCAGCACGACCCCGUGCACGACCAGACCUGGUACCUGGACGCCGCGCUGCGCGAGCGCCUGUACCGCGAGUACGGCGUCGAGGGCUACGCCAUCUUGCAGUGCCCCGGCGACGCGGUGUUCGUCCCCGCGGGCGCGCCGCACCAGGUGCGCAACCUGCUGGACUGCAUCAAGGUGGCCGAGGAUUUCGUCUCGCCGGAGAACGUGUCGCGCUGCUUCGAGCUGGCGCAGCAGUUCCGCCGUCUGUCGCGGCAGCACUCCAACAAGGAGGACAAGCUGCAGAUCAAGAACAUCGUGUACCACGCUGUGAAGGAUUCGCUCUGCUGCUUGGAGGAGGCGCUGGCCGACGCCAAGUGAGCGCGCGGCCCUCCGCCGCCGCCCCGCAUUGAUCUCAACCUCGAACGUAACUUUAAUCGUUAAGUUCCGCAUUUAACGUAAGAUUGGAGCGAGUGUGAUACGCGCUGUGCGCCGUUUCGUGUAUAAGAUGCCAUGUAAGCGUCGAGUGGAGUGUACCAGUUAUGUGUGUAAAUGUACUCGAAAUGUGAUGUAGUCCGAAGCUUUCGGAGAUUGUGCAAUGUAAAUUAGUCUGAAUAUGGUGAUA